AUGCAAGAAAAUGAAGAAUUACCCGCUGAGUUGGUAGACCUUUAUGAGGUUUCAUUUAUUUCACAAACGCUUGAAGAACUUUUAGCUGAAGAGAUGCUUGAAGACAAUGAUUAUGAUAGCGAUGGUGAUAAUACAGAAUUGAGUAAUGAUACAAGUGUUUUUAAUGAAGAACAAAUCGAAUCAAAUAUUAUAGCAUUACUACAAAACAAAGAAAAAACUAGAGGAGGAAAAAAAGGUCAUAGAAGUAAAAAUAGAGAAAAUAAUGCAGGUUCAGAAAGAAAAGCUAAAGUAAUUACACAAUUACCUGUUCCUCCAGAUUUUAAUAAUUUAGAACAUAGUGUGCUAUUUCAUUCAAGUUUUGUUAGAUUGCCAUUAGCAUUACCUGACAAUAAUAUUAAUCCGUAUGGACUAAUUAGAUUAUUUUUUUCACAAUCUAUUCUUAUUAAAAUUUUAACAAACACUAAUGAAUAUGCAAAGUCAAAAAAUGCUGGCAUAGAUGGACAAAUUAUUGAUCAUUAUCCAGAAUGGAGAAUGGACCGUGUAGCAUGUGUUUGGUGCAGAUGGGAAGCAAAAAAUAGUAGUAAUAACCAAAAUGUUAAAAUAAAUAAAAAAAAAUCCGCCGCAAAGCCAGAUUUGGUGUAG